AUGGUGCAGACCGUGAGCUCAAGUGCUGCUACAAGGCCACCGUGGACGGCUUCAGCGCGACGGACUUCCACCGGCGGUGCGACUUCAAGGGCCCCUGCGUCGUCGUCGGCUACACCGGCGGUGGCUUCCGGUUCGGGGGGGUUCAGUCCGGAGGGGUACCGCAGCACGGACGACUACUACGACACGCUGGACGCGUUCCUCUUCUACUGGCCGGAGGAGCUUGCUGCGCCGGCGGAAUCCACGGAGGCCUCGCCGCCGCAGCCCGUGGUGCUGCCGAAGGUGGGCGGGAGCAGCGCGGCGCUGUUCGCCUACUCCCGCGGCGGGCCACAGUUCGGCGCCGACGGCCUGCUCAUCGGCCCGCCGGUCACCGCCGUGAUGGGCGAGUUCACUGGACCCGACUCCAGCGCCGGCGUCGGCGACCUCCGCAGCGCGCGCUCGCGGCUCGGGCUGUCGUACGCGAGGCGGCCGGAUGGGAAGGAGAGCCUGUUCGGCGACGAGGGCAGGGCCCAGCUCGUGGAGGUGCUCGUCUUCUGCAACCCGCAGAUCGCAAGCCUGUACUGA